AUGGGUGUUGAUAAAGAGGAGCCAGAAGUCGUCGAUUCCUUCUCGUUCUAUUGGGGCAACUUAACCGACCAUGCGCCGUGUUGCUCUUCCUUCAAGUACACUGUGCUCAAUACAGUGGACAACGCCUGGACGAAUGAUACUUUGCAGCAACAAGUCUGCGAUCGAGCUGUCUCGGUGAGUCAAAGAAGCUCUAAAACUGUAAUUGCCGAUACGAUUAUCAUCACCCAUUCGAUGGGCAAUCUCAUGGUAGCUGGAGCUAUUGCAACUGGCAAAUGCAGCCUGGAUGCAAGCUCCACGUGGGUCGGUCUGGCUGGCCCAAUGCAAGGAAGUAUGGCGUCAGAUUUUGUCCAAGACACGUGCGCUGGCAAGACGAAUUUUCUUCUAGAGAAAGUUGCGAAUAUUACGGGACGAUCGUAUACCGCUGCUCAGGAGGCGUAUACAAAAAAUGUAUCCGCUCUCAUGUGUAGUGCAGGAUAUUCUGGUCUGCCUUCAAAGUACCAGGCUCAAUUUUGGCUUCUUGGAAGGUCGAAAUUUGGCGAUACGUGGAGAUCCAAAUUUUACAAGACGAAACUCAACCACUACGACAGUGAAUUUCUAUACGGCGAUUUAUUGCUAGACGAGAAGAAGAUGCCUAUCAAGUGGUUCGAGUGCUUGCUUUAA